AGUCUCUCGUUAACAGCGGCGACGCUGUUCUGAACAAAUCCGCCGUGGCGAAGGCUGAGCUCGGCCCCCCGCGCCCCGGCGGAGUUCCCUGCGCGCCCUCUGGCCGCUCGCAGCCCCGGGGCUCCCGCGGAGGCCCAGCGUGGUUAUCCCGCAGAGGGGAACGCGAGUCCCCACGCCUCGGCUCCGGGGAAGCUCUAGCGCCCACGCCCACCCGCACGGUUCAACUGGGUUUAUCCAGGCCCCUCACGGCGGCCCCGGCACUCCCCGGCCUUCGCCCGGGGCCUCACCCCAGGAAGAGCGGGGACGCGGCCCGGGCCGCACUCACUGACCUGAGGUGGCAGCGCGGCCGCUGCACAGCCACUUCCGGGCUGGUCACCGCCCCUCCCGCCGCGGGAGCUGGCACGCGGGCAAGAUGGCGGCGGCGCGGCCAGUAACCGGGGCCACCUGGCCAGGCUCCACCACCCCACAGCCGCACCUCCAAGACACGCUAACCGCGCCUCGGCCUCGGAAGGUGCUGCAAGACAGAUGACAUUUCAUCAUUUGCCAUAAUGUGGAACCAAUAUUUUGUCUUCUGUCUCCUGCUUUUGCCAGCUUUUAUGAGUCAAACAGUAUAUGGACAAAGAAAGAAAGGACCAAAGUCAAAUUCACCUGCAAGGAAAAAUUACUUCCAGGACUCCAUUUGCCUCAUAGAUGUUAUCUUCAUUGUGGACAGUUCUGAAAGUGCUAAAAUCGAUCUCUUUGAUAAACAGAAAGAUUUUGUGUAUAACUUGAGUGAUAAGAUUUUCCAGUUGACCCCAGCCUUCUUGAACUAUGACAUCAAACUGGCAGCCCUUCAGUUUAGUAGCUCUGUCCAGAUUGAUCAACCUUUUUCUUCUUGGAAGGAUCUGCAGACUUUUAAGCAGCAGGUCAAAUUGAUGAAACCCAUUGGACAAGGAACUUUCUCUUAUUAUGCCAUCUCCAAUGCCACUAAGCAAUUUAAGACAGAAGGGCGUAAUGGUGUGAAAGUGGCUUUGCUGAUGACUGAUGGCAUUGACCAUCCAAAGAAUCCAGAUGUUCAGAUUAUUUCUGAACAAGCCAAAGCUUCAGGAAUAUCAUUUAUCCCCAUUGGACUUUCCACUGUGGUCAAUGAAUCCAAACUUCGUUUGAUAUCUGGGGACUCAUCCAGAGCAUCCAUUCUGCUGUUGAGUGACCUAAAUCUUGAAGAUAAAAUUCAGGAUCGUCUGGACACCUUAUUUAAAGAGAAGUGUGGACACAAGAUCUGUGAAUGCCAGAAGGGGGAUCCCGGUGAUCCAGGGCUUCCUGGUACACAUGGAAACCCAGGUGUCAAAGGUGAGCGAGGACCAAAAGGAAACCCGGGUAAUGCUCAAAAAGGAGAACCUGGAGAAGGAGGCCCAGUGGGAAAUCCUGGAUACAAGGGUGACAAGGGUGAACGUGGAGAAUGUGGUAAACCAGGAAUAAAAGGUGAUGAAGGACCCCAAGGGCCGGAUGGACCAAAUGGACCUAGAGGACUUCAGGGUAUUAGUGGACCUCCAGGGAAUCCAGGCCCAAAGGGAUUUCAAGGCAAUAAGGGUGAGCCUGGUCCUCCUGGUCCUUCUGGUCCCCCAGGAACCCCUGGUAUUGGACAUCAAGGGGUGAAGGGAGAAAGAGGCCAAGAAGGAAGAACAGGAGCUCCAGGACCUAUUGGAGUUGGUGAGCCAGGACAGCCAGGUCCCCGUGGUCCUGAAGGAACACCAGGAGAGAGGGGUUUACCUGGAGAAGGAGUCCCAGGACCAAAGGGUGAAAAAGGUUCUGAGGGACCAAUUGGCCCACAAGGACUACAAGGCCUAUCAAUCAAAGGGGACAAGGGAGAUUUGGGACCUGUGGGACCUCCAGGACCAGUAGGUAUGCCUGGAAUUGGGAGUCAAGGUGAACAGGGAAUCCAAGGUCCUAUUGGUCCAACUGGUCCUCAAGGGCCCCCAGGGCAGGGCUCACCUGGCCCCAAGGGAGAAGUAGGCCAGAUAGGACCUGUAGGUCCUAGAGGACCAGUAGGAAUUGGAGUACAAGGUCCAAAGGGGGAGCCAGGCUCAGUAGGGCUCCCUGGGCAGCCAGGAGCACCAGGAGAAGAUGGAGCUGCUGGGAAGAAGGGAGAAGCAGGACUUCCAGGGACAAGAGGCAUAGAAGGACCACCUGGAAAAGGACUACCUGGCCCCAAGGGUGAUGAAGGACAGAAAGGGAGCAAAGGAAAUCAAGGACAGAGGGGAUUUCCGGGGCCUGAAGGGCCAAAGGGUGAGCAGGGCAUUAUUGGACCUUUUGGAAUGCCUGGAGCAUCAAUUCCUGGACCACCUGGGACAAAGGGAGAUAGAGGAGGACCUGGGAUGCCUGGAUUUAAAGGAGAACCUGGAAUUUCUAUUCGAGGACCAAAGGGUGCCCAAGGCCCACGGGGACCAAUGGGUGCUCCAGGACUCAAAGGCGAUGGCUAUCCAGGUGUGGCUGGACCUCGAGGGUUACCAGGACCCCCUGGACCAGUGGGUUUACGUGGAGUGGGAGACACCGGAGCAAAGGGAGAACCUGGUGUCAGAGGCCCUCCAGGCCCCUCUGGACCUCGAGGACUAGGAACCCAAGGACCAAAGGGUAACAUUGGUCAGAAAGGCUUGCCUGGCCCUCCUGGCCCCCCUGGCCAUGGCUCUCAAGGAAUUAAAGGGGAGCAAGGACCUCAAGGUCUUCCAGGUACAAAGGGCACAAUGGGCCAUGGCCUCCCAGGCCAGAAGGGAGAGCAUGGAGAACAGGGUGAUGUGGGAAAGAAAGGUGAUAAAGGGGAAAUUGGAGACCCCGGAUCGCCAGGAAAACAGGGGUUACAAGGACCAAAAGGAGACCAAGGACUCACAAGAGAAGACAUUAUUAAAAUUAUUAUUGAAAUAUGUGGUUGUGGGCGCAAAUGCAAAGAGAUUCCAGUGGAGCUUGUGUUUGUGAUUGACAGCUCUGAAAGCGUGGGACUAGAGAACUUCCAGAUCAUCAAAGAUUUUGUGAAAGCUCUCACUGACCGGAUUGCUGGGGAUCUUUCCACCGCCCGCAUUGGUGUAAUCAACUACAGCCAUAAGGUGGAGGUGGUAUCUGACUUAAAGCUGUUCUCUGGCAAGGAUAGCUUGAAGUUGGCUGUGGACAACAUGCAGUAUCUGGGGGAAGGCACCUACACAGGCCUGGCUCUCCAAAAAGCCAACCUCAUGUUCCAGGAUGCUAGGCCGGGCGUAAAGAAGGUGGCCCUGGUCAUCACUGAUGGGCAGACAAACGACCAAGAUAAACAUUUCCUGGAUGAAGAGGUGAAGAAAUCCAAUGACAUCAGUGUAGAAACAUUUGUGAUUGGGGUAGUGAAGAAAAAUGACCCCCAAAUUGCUGUUUUCCGCAAAGAAAUAAAUCUGAUUGCUACUGACCCAGAUAGUGAGCAUGUCUAUGAAUUCGAUAACUUCUUUGCUCUGCAAGAAACCCUAAAGGAUAAAUUAUUUAAAGAAAUUUGUGAGGAUUUUGAUUCCUAUUUCCUUCACGUUUUUGGUUCAUCUUUGCCUGAGUCUGGACUUGGAAUGUCAAGGGAAGAAAUCGAUGAAUCCACUCCAGAACCUAAGAGACAACUUUCUGAGUCAUUCACUGUCUCCAGAGUUCAGGAUGAAAAGAACGAGCCUCCAGAGCCUACCUGGGUUGACAGCUUGGCCACCCCUCACUCGCCCGUCGCUGCCGCCACCCAGAGGCCAUUGCUCAGCCCCCCCGAGGGUGGGGUAGAGCGUCUGGAAACCAGAACUCCAAGUCUUGGUUUGAUUUUACAACCAGAAAAGUUGGUGCAUAAGUAUCCUAGAUGCUUAGAAGUCCUAAAGCCUGGAAACUGUAGUAAAUAUGUGGUUCGGUGGUAUUAUGACCCACAGGUCAACUCUUGUGCCCGAUUUUGGUUCAGUGGCUGUCAUGGCUCAGGCAAUAGAUUCUACAGUGAAAAAGAGUGUCAAGAAACCUGCAUUCAAGAAUGAGCAAGCACCUGAACCUGUAAAAAGUCUCUAUAAACCUAUGUCUCUAUAAGCAAGCCUAUAUUUUCAACACAUUUACCCAAUUCAAAUAAAGUAUAAUAUCUGAGUGUGUACUGAGUAUUUACAGUUUAUAAAUAAUCAAAUCCUCACAAUAAGCCCAGGAUGUAGGUAUUAUUAACCUCUUUUCCAGAAGAGGAAGCUGAGGCUCUGAGAAAUUUAGUAACUUAUCCCUGGUCAUCCAAAGAAUAAGUUGGAGAUUUGGACUAAAAGCUGGGUAACUUCAAUCUACUUUACAACUUGGAGUGUGGUUCUGAUUGCUCUAAUUCCCAUUCCACAUAUAUGUAGCAUUAACUCCUCCUCCAUCCCCUGGAGUAUGAGGUAGGUGGCAGGAAGGAGUUUAGUUGGAAAUUAAAUGUGAUGGGAAUAUGAUUAUGCAAGGCAGGUAGUGGGAUAAGAGAGAGAUCGUGCUUAGGGAAUCCCAGCAAGAUGCAGGUUCUGAGAGAUGAGUGGUGCUGGGAUGGGGGUGGAGGUGGUGAGGGCCAUUAGAUUUUUGCCUCACUUGCCCUGAAAGUAAUAAUAGAAACCAAUGUGAAUUAGACUUAGUUGACUCAAAUUUAUUAUAAAGUGUCACUCCCCAUUCCUCCAAUAUGUUUGGUAAUAAAAGCCUUUAUUAUAUGUUUAAGCUAUAUAUUUGAAACAAAAAUUAUAAUUUAAAAGAAGCUUUUAUACCCUUCCUUUAAAAUAUUUAAGUGGAAUUUUCAAUUUUAUGGGGGUGGAAUGAGAAAGCACUUGAUGGUCAAGAACCGCUUGAAGCCACAUUCACUUUUGAACAGGUUAUUUUAAAGAAGAACUCAUACUGAAAAAUGAGCCACCAAAUAGAAAUAUGACUCAAUGACGUAAUUGAGAAUUGGCUUUGUCAUUUUAUAAUAAUGUUGUGACAUCCAGCCUGGAGGACCAUUAGUUCUGAGCUGAGCUCAGACAGCAUCUGUAUAUAUUUUCUUUCUCCUUCUUUCAGGCCUGUGGCCCUCUUCAGGUUCAGCAAUGCAAAAGAGCACUCGAAGAAGAAAAUGGGAGAACAAUCUUUUUAGCAAAAAAAUCACAAUUUUUAAGUGGUUCAAUUAAAAUUUUAUAAUAUAUUAUCUGAUAUGACAAAAGAAUAUAUGCAAUAUACUUGUAAGUUAAAGAACAUGAUAAUAAAGUGAACACCAGUGUGCCGGUUUGAGUGUAUUGUGUCCCCCAAAUGCCAUUAUCUUUGUGGUCUUGUGUGGGGCAGAAGUUUUGGUGCUGGUUGGAUUUGCUUGGAGUGUGCCCCACCCAGCUG